AUGUCCGACUCCAAGAAAGGCGCCUAUGGUGGCGCGCCAUCUGGCGAUACCGAUUUUCGAAAGACCUAUGAUCUCGACGAAUACGCUGCCAAAGCCAAUGAACGCGAGGCAAAAGAAAAAGAAGAGUCCAAGGCGCGUUAUGAAGCCAAGCUUGCAGGCAAGAAAUACCACAAGCCUCUAACAGGCGACGAAACAUACACAUCAGCACGCCGGAAUGUUAUAGACCUCACACAACAAAUCGGAAAAACACAGCUUGUCCCCGGAGGUGCAGGCGUCGGAAAGCGUGGCCGAGGAGCUGGUUUCUACUGUGAGCCUUGCGAUCUCACGUUCAAAGACAACAAGCAAUACAUCGAGCAUCUCAACACACCACAGCACUUGAUAAAUACAGGCCAGACGACUGAAGUCAAGCGCGCGACGGCAGAGGAAGUCCACGAACGUAUUGAGUACUACAUCCGACGGCGAGAUGAGCUGGAGAAGGAGAAGCAGACUAGCCUGCAUGAACGACUACAGUUACGAGAAGAAGAGGCUGAGAAAGAAGCCGAAGAGCGAAGGAGGAAGAGAAGAGAGGAUAAUGAAAGGAAGAGGAUAAAGAAGGAGGAAGAGGCAAGGGUGAAGAUGGAAUAUGGAGAGGACGUUCGUGUUGAUGGCGAACAUGACGAAGACGAUAUGAUGGCAGCGAUGGGCUUUACUGGAUUUGGGACGUCGAAGAAGUGA